AUGCAUAAAGUCAAAUCUUGGUCCAAGUAUGAGGGCCGGCGCGUGAUAGCACCUUUCUCCGCUCACCGACACAAACCGAAAACAGAUGGUGAAACUGGCAUAUCGACUGGCACAGAUAUCAAAUCUUCUCAUGCAGAAUGGAAAGCAAGGAGGAAGGAAUUGUUGCAAAGGGAGAAAGAGAAACGAAGAGACGAAAGAAAGCGGGCAGAAGCCCAUAUCGACCGGUCGAUACUUGGACAACUAAAGGCGGCACUAUUUAGUAGUUAUGUCAACAUACUCCUCGUCUUUGUUCCAGUCGGAAUAGCACUGCAUUUUACAUCUGUCUCACCCAUUGUGGUGUUUGUGAUGAACUUUCUUGCUAUUAUCCCGCUUGCUGGCACAUUAAGUUUUGGUACGGAAGAAAUUGCUUUGCGGACGGGUGAGACUCUUGGCGGGCUUCUAAACGCUAGCUUUGGGAAUGCCGUUGAAUUGAUCGUAUCGAUUAUUGCGCUCGUCAAACAUGAAAUCGUCGUUGUACAGACAUCACUUAUCGGCUCUAUUUUGUCAAACUUGUUACUCGUAAUGGGAAUGGCAUUCUUCUUGGGGGGAAUAAACCGCGUCGAACAAUAUUUUAAUACAACUGUCGCCCAAACAGCAUCUUCACUUUUGGCCGUCGCGGUACUGUCUCUAAUUAUUCCGUCGGCUUUCCACUGGGCAGGAGCUUCUAAUGGUCAGAACGAAGAGAGGUUACAAGAAGGAAUUAUUGGGCUAUCCCGAGGGACUGCUGUUAUUCUUCUAUUUGUUUAUGGAGUGUAUCUGUUCUUCCAACUUAAGUCACAUGCAGAGUUGUUCAAUAUACAGUCUCAGAAGGCACCCAAACGAAGCGAAUUGGAACCAUCUGCUAUGCAACAUCUCUUACAACAGUCCGCCAAUGCAGGUGCAGCGACUCUUGGCCAUUCCGCCAUCCAAGGGCAAGCAUAUCCACGGACAGCAGCCGGUUCUGGCUCAAGUGCUGAGGCUACUAAGAUAGAAGCUGUUGACGAGGAAGAUGAAGAGGAAGGCCCCCAGCCUGAACUUCUGUUACUCACUGCUGUUAUUCUUCUGGUAGGGUCAACCGCACUGGUUGCGAUCUGUGCGGAAUUUCUGGUCGACUCAUUGGACUAUCUUGUAGAACAUUCACCGAUAAGCAAGUACUUCGUCGGAUUGAUUCUUCUCCCGAUCGUCGGUAACGCUGCAGAACAUGCCACGUCUGUGACAGUGGCUUACAAGGACAAGAUGGAUCUUGCUAUUGGUGUUGCAGUUGGGAGCAGUAUGCAAAUUGCUCUUUUAGUGAUCCCUUUCAUUGUCGUUCUGGGCUGGAUUAUGGGGAUUGAUGAGAUGACCUUAUAUUUCGAUGGGUUUCAGGUUGUGUUACUCCUCGUAUCAGUUCUCCUUGUCAACUACCUGAUCCAAGACGGGAAGUCGAAUUUCUUAGAGGGCACACUUUUAAUGGCUACUUAUGUUAUUAUUGCUGUGGCGGCCUGGUACUUCCCUGCUCCAACGUCUCCUACCGCUGAGUAA